AUGCCUGCAAGCAGUGAUAAACUUCAACCGAAAGAUCAGCAGACCAUUGAGCUGGAACAGAAACUUGCUGUCCAGUCUAUACGUGUUUUCCUUCAGUCUAAGACAUCUUAUGAUGUGUUACCAGUUUCAUAUAGAUUGAUUGUGUUGGACACUUCUUUACUAGUGAAAAAAUCGUUAAAUAUCCUGUUACAAAACAAUGUUGUUUCUGCUCCCUUGUGGGAUGCUCAAACUUCCAAAUUUGCAGGUUUAUUGACAAGUUCAGACUUCAUCAAUGUGAUUCAAUAUUAUUUCCACAACCCGGAUAAGUUUGAACUGGUGGAUAAACUACAAUUGAACGGACUCAAAGAUAUUGAAAGGGCCAUUGGCAUCCAGCCUUACGAUACAAGAUCAAUUCAUCCAUUCAGACCGUUGUAUGAAGCAUGUGUGAAGAUGAUAGAAUCCCGGUCCAGGAGGAUCCCUUUGAUUGAUCAAGAUGAAGAGACUCAAAGAGAAAUUGUCGUGAGUGUGUUAACACAAUACCGUAUCCUAAAAUUUGUGGCAUUGAACUGCAAGGAAAUCCGCUAUCUAAAGAGGCCUCUACGUGAGUUGGACAUUAUAUCGACAAAUAACAUCAUGAGUUGUCAAAUGAGCACGCCAGUAAUAGAUGUCAUUCAACUUUUAACUCUGGCUGGAGGCGUUUCCAGUGUUCCAAUUGUCGAUGAGCAAGGUAAAUUGGUCAACGUCUACGAAGCCGUUGAUGUCCUAGGUCUCAUUAAGGGAGGCAUAUACAACGAUCUUUCCCUAUCCGUUGGGGAAGCUCUGAUGAGAAGAAGUGAUGAUUUCGAAGGUGUCUUCACAUGUACUGAAAACGAUAAACUCUCCUCCAUUCUUGAUACAGUGAGAAAAUCUCGUGUACAUAGAUUUUUCGUCGUCGAUUCGAACGGAUUCCUAACUGGUGUUCUCACUCUAAGCGAUAUCCUAAAAUACAUACUAUUCGCAGAAUCAUAA